GAGUGCGCGAGUACGGUGUCCGAUCCGCGCGGGAACGGGAUCGAUUUCAAUCGCUAUCCAUCUAAGUGCUCGAUCUUACACGUUCCAGCAAUUUUUCGCCAAGUCGACAUUGGUGCUCGUGAGAAAGUGCGCGCUUCGGCGAACGGUUGCAUGUGAUGUUUCGCCCAUAUGUCUUCAAGAUUUAUCCCGGGAAAUGUUUUAUAGAACGCGAAACGCUAUAGAGUGACAAGUGCAUGUUACAUUGUUAUGUGGAUAUACAUACGUAUUAUGCAAAUAUUUCAUUUUGCGUAAAUUAUUAAAUAAAUUAGAAAUAAAUAAUUCUCAUCGCGUGAAAAUUGAAAUUCGUCGUUUUCAGAACUCGCGUACUCGAUUACAAUUUUUGACACUGCUUUCUCGUGAUAUUCAUAAUGCAUCAUCUGUAUCAUCAUGCGUCAUACCUAUAUUUGUGUUAUUGCGUUUUUUCUCACAGAGAAAAAUCUUGCUUUUAAGAUGACGCCAUGGCUGAUGGCAUUCUUCUGCCUGGCGACCGCCGGCUGCACGAACGUCACGGAUCAGCAAACGUCAGAAACGAAUCACGAUCAUCAAGUGGCGAUCUUGAAGCAGAUCAGAAAGGUGAACGAAGACGGUUCUUACACGUACGGUUACGAAGCCGGCGAUGGAUCAUUCAAGGUCGAGAGCCGCGACGUGCUAGGCAAUAUCAAAGGUACAUUCGGCUUCGUCGACGCUGAAGGCGAAAUAAAGAGAGUUUCGUACUCCUCAUCGAAUGGAACGGGCUUCAAAGCGACCACUAUGCCGCCAUUACAGGAACACGUGUCGGUCGUACAAAGUAUACCACGCGUCAAUCGUACAGCAACCACGAAGAAGCCGACUAUCGUGUACGCUACGACAACGGAAACGCCGACAAAGUCGUCGGUCGUGCAGUCAAUUCCUCGCAUAAGGAAACCUGCCGUCAGUACCAGCGCAACAUCUACAACCUCCACCACCACCGAAGUGCCGAAAACGAUAUUCGCGCACUAUCUGAAAGGCACGCCUAAAAAUAGACCGCGUUUCAUCAUCAACGGCCAGCAGAGGCCGAUCGUGAUCGAAGACGAAGCCGAAGACGAAGACUCGCAGAUCAAUCGACCUAGCACGGACGAUAAGAGCGGCGCCUAUCGAAGGCUCAUCUUCGCCAAGCGACCGAUCGAGCACAGCCUCCCACCGAUCUCCGAGGACUUCGUGGAGAAGGAGGACGAGGCUAAGAUCACGACGGGCAAUAGCUUGAGGAGACAAUUGCACGACGAAACCACGAAGAAUUCCGGCGACGACGGCGACGAACACUCCGACGUUUACGGCGCCGGCGGUUCCCUGUCCACGACGCGACCUUUGUUCACCACGACUGUUCCGCCGCGGAUUCUGCAGAGAGUUUCCACUACCGCGCGUCCAGAGCGACCGAAGCUCUACGUCAAUCGGGAGAAUCUAGGAGGCGCGGGUCCGAAAUAUGACGGAACUCGAGUCUACGAAGCGGAGACGAAACCCACUCAGGAGGAGCGCACGUCGCCUCAACCGAUCCUGCUUCGCACCUCCACUGCCAGAGUACCUGUGGACAACCGGGAAUAUCUCAGACAGACCACCGCCGAGCCUGUCUUCGUGCGACAGCCACCUGAACAGUAUCUGCGAGAGCUGCCGCCCAGAUUACUCGUGCAAGGCAAUAUACAGGGCAACCUCGAGGAAGAAGGCGUCUACAGAGCGAUACCGAUCGGCAGAAUUCUUCUCCGGCCGCCGCCGAGUCAGCAGCCGGUCUAUCCGACCACGACGGACAGCAAUGUCCAUUACUUGACGGAGAACUCGGCGCCGGAUCAAGAGGACGAGGCGCGGAUCGCGAUGAACAACAAUUACAUGCGCGCGCGUCCCGUUGCGGUGCGACCGUUGAUCUAUCCGGAAACCGAGCAGCGAGCGCGGCCGAUUCUGCGACCGGUGCCGAGUCCGGUGCCGCAUCCGGACGACAGGGACUACCAGCCGACCACGCCCGAGUAUCCUUACCGAGCCGGCAGCUUGGCACUGCCGCCGGAACCGCCGAAUCCGAUCACGCCCCCUCUGAGCCGGCGUGAUUUCCAGACGUUGCUGCGGAGGCUGCUGGUGAGCCAGUACGGCGUGCAGGCUCUGGCCUAUCCGAAAAGCUACCUCGAGGAUGCCCUGUACGAUCAACAACCGUACCCGUCGUAUCCGGCGGGCUAUCAAACGCCACUUCCAAGGCCUGAACUGGCGUACGAGCAACAGGUGCAAUACGGCGACCGCGUGCCCCUCAGACGUCCGCUGUAUCCUCGAGCUCUAAAUCCGCUCUAUCCUCAGUACGACGAUUACCACGACGGCAGGUAUUCCAAAAGAGUGUACAGGCAGAAAUUCUAUACGCACGACAUGGAAGACAACGAGGAAAUCCUGCCGGCGCCGAUCAGGGAGGCGUUGCUGCUACGAAUGGUGAAUCUGGCGAUCAACGCCGAACGGCCGACGAUGAUGCCGACAACCAUCGUGAGUACCACGACGCCGGCGUCGAGGUACAGGAAGACGGGUCCGAUCAGGAGUGUGCAGAUUAUUGCGGACGACGAGGAAGAGGAAAAAGAUAUGAGGAAAAAGAUGUAACGAUGACCGAAUGAUUAGAAGUAGCUAAUUCCUUAGAAAGGAAUAUUACUCUCGUUGCAAGUAAAUUAUUGUAGAAUUUUUUAACUAGUUAUUAUAAUUUUUUUUAUAAAACAAAGAAAAUACAAUGAAAGUCAACGAACAGCCGCGAAUUUGCUUUCGGCAAUUUUUAAAUAUUGCUUCAUCUAUUAUUAAGUAUCCUUAAACGCUGUCAAAUUUUUACGGUAAUAUAUUUAAGUGUGACGAAGCAGCUUGCGUCAAUAGUAGCGAUUUUUUUACAGGAGACGAACGGAUAUGUCCGUUCGCAAACAAAUACCAAUAUCGCAUACGCAAUGGACGCAUUAUAUCGUUAAUGAAUCAUAUCGGUUUCACGAAAGGGAAAUCGUCGCUAUGCAGACCGAUUUUCUACACGAUAACUUUCCAACGUCUGCUGAUGCGCAUAUUUAUCGUUCGUCGUUACAUAUUUAUGUUCGCUAAAAUAGAUGCAUCAAUGUAUGAUCGAUUAAGAGAUAUGAUUAGAUAAUUGAACUCUUUUCCUGAACAAAAAUACUAUUUUCUCACAUAUCUUUCAGAUAUUACACAAAAUUUAAUUCAAUGUAUUAAAUUAUUAAUGAAGAGAGAAUUAAUGAAGUCAUCAGUAAAUGAUCAAAUAACUUCAGAUAACAAAUGUAAUUUAUAAUUAUGCGAUAUUUAUAACAUAAGAAUUAUACCCACAGCUUUAAAUUAAAAAAAUGUACUUAUAAUAUUUAACGUAAUCGCAAGACAAAUACUUUGGACAUUUAUUGAUGAGCAGGCAAUCAUUGAUGCAUCUGUCUCAACUAACUAUUUAAAAAAAAGAGAAUAUCUAUCCUAUCACUGAAAUGCGAGGAUAACAUGCGAAAGUUCUAACCCCUAAAACAUCUCUAGCGUACUCCCUGCUUGCGAUUGUAAAUACGGUGUUACGUAAGAGACUAGUGUGAUAUAUACGCAUCGAAAUAAAGAAAAGAGUCGUA